GGAUGAGAAAAGAGAAAGUGUUGAUGGGCGACAAUCUACAAGGCGAAGAGAUUUUUGUUUUAGAGAAAUCCUCACUCAUCUUUCAACCCACCCAUGGCUUCGCACUCCCACUGUAGGACCCUACCCAUCAACCUCCACCCUUCUACAACCCCUUCUCCGCGCAAUUCCGCGUUUCUCUACCCAUCCCGCGCCAAACGCCGUCGUUUCGCCUCAUGCUCUUUGCGCAGCCACUCUUCUUCUUCGCCACUCACAUCCUGUUCCGGUUCCGUUCUCCCAGACGCCAAUCCGGAUCCCACCGACCCGACCCGUUUGACCCGGAAAUCCAAUUCCGUGUUCCGAAAGCGGUACCUGUCUCGGGGGAUUCUGUUCCCUUCGAGGAAAGUGAGAAGCAUCAUUUUGCUUAAUCUCAUCACUUUUAUUUACGCUAGCAACAUUCCAGUUGUCAAAGAGGUUCAGGCAAUUAUGAAUCCGGCAGCUUUCACAUUUGUGCGCUUUGCUCUUUCUGCAAUUCCUUUCAUCCCGUUUGUAUUGCGAGGGUGGGGAGAUUCUUGUACCAGAAAUGCAGGCAUAGAAUUGGGUUUGUGGGUUAGUCUGGGAUAUCUUAUGCAGGCACUUGGACUACAAACCUCUGAUGCUGGCCGUGCAUCAUUUUUAUCUAUGUUCACUGUAAUUGUGGUUCCAUUACUUGAUGGCAUGCUUGGAGCAGUAGUUCCAGCUAGAACCUGGUUUGGGGCCCUCAUGUCGAUUGUAGGAGUUGGAAUGCUGGAAUGUAGCGGUUCACCCCCAUGUGUUGGAGAUCUUUUGAACUUUUUAAGUGCAGUGUUUUUUGGUGUUCAUAUGUUAAGAACUGAACAUAUAUCGAGAAGCAUAAGUAAACAGAAGUUUCUGCCCCUCCUCGGAUAUGAGAUUUGCAUUGUUGUUUUGUUUUCUACAAUGUGGUAUCUUCUUGGAAGUGGCAUUAAUGGUGCCCAGCAUCCCUUUCCAUCAUCUUGGACAUGGAAAAUGCUUAGAGAUUGGAUGGUUGAUUUUCCGUGGAUACCUGCAAUUUAUACAGGGAUAUUCUCAACUGGUUUAUGUUUGUGGGUAGAGAUGGCUGCAAUGUGUGAUGUAUCAGCCACAGAAACUGCUAUAAUAUAUGGUCUGGAGCCAGUCUGGGGUGCUGGUUUUGCAUGGUUUCUUCUUGGUGAAAGGUGGGGUCCCACAGGAUGGGUUGGUGCUGCCCUUGUGCUAGGGGGAAGCUUAGCAGUGCAGAUAUUUGGAACCUCAAGUAAUUCGAACGAAGAACAAAAACAAAGUAAGAAAGGUGACAACCAAAUGAUUUCUGACAAAAAUAAUGCUUUCUCUACAUCCGCUGUAAUCCUUAGAUCCAGAACGGAUGCCUCUGAUUUUUUAAAGUAGUGGUAUCCUUCAUGUAUAUUUUCUCAUAAACUUAAUAUAAGUUUUUCUAAUUAUUUUAGUGCGAAAUCAAUCGUUUGUUGAAGAGUGUUACAGUCAGUCCUUAGCCUUGUCAAGUAUUGUAGAGGGGGAAUAAAAUUUUCAUCUAAUUUGAUGUUUUUCAAAAUAAAAAAUUAAAAAGAUUGAUUUGUCUAA